CUCACUAGUCCACUGCAUCAGCUAUAUCAUUUUAAGGUAUUUCAAGGCUAGUGGACCGGUAGGACCAAGCCACAACCCGUUUGGGCAGACAAAUAUUCUUCUGUCUGAUUUUCACGGACCAAUCUGUGCUGGGCAUACAUCAGGAUAGCCCAAAGACAUAACCUUAGCAGAAGCGUCACCAUCACUUGUUUCUUAUGAGCCUUCUCGCAGCGCGAGAGUUCACGGCCGCCGUGCACGAUGUGUCUGGGUCAUCGUCUCGCGCAGCACGGCGCGUGGUGUUGAAUGCCGACCUGCUGAAAGCUGCGAAAGUCUGUGCCGGCGAUGUCCUCGCAAUUGAAAGCGUUGCGUCAGACCACAAGACCUUCGCAGUAGGCAUUGCAUGGCCCUCAUAUGAGAUAUCACAGGACUCCGUGCUAGCGUCGUCUUCCCUGCUUCUGACCGCCCAUGUACCAGAAGGGUCAAAGGUCAAGGUCAUCCCACUGAACAGUAGGAAGCUCCCGUCGCAUUUGCCGCCCGUACGAUCGGCCCAGGCCGCUCAGGCCGUUCAUGUGCGAGAACAAGGAAGCCGACGGGCGAAAGCUCCAUCUGCGAAGCAGGCUCAGCCCAGCAACACGAAGCGUCGCGACUGGCUGGCCCUUUUGAUCCGAGAAGCACUUGUGGAUUUGAGGUAUCUGACGCCCACGCAGACGGUAGACAUCGUCUAUGAAGGUAACACCCGGCGGUUCUGCGUGUCCUCCGUGUCCCCGGGCCGUGGGGCGAGUGCGGGGGAAGAGGAUGAAUUGGCAGGAAGCCUGCGGUCGAUGUCCUUGGACGCUUCGAAGCUGUGGAUCGUGGACUGGGAGACGGAAGUAUAUUUGGAUCGGCAUUCGUCCGAGACGGGGCCGGAAGGCUCGGCCAAUAAGCUGGCCACGCACGGCGUGGAAAGUGCCACUGGAACAGAUGCAUACGCCGCCGUCGGAGGAUUGGACAAGCAGAUUGCGCAAAUCCGCGACCUUAUCGAGAUUCCGCUCACUCGUCCCGAGCUGUUUCGCCACUUUGGUCUCAAACCUCCACGUGGCAUCCUUCUGCAUGGGCCACCCGGGACCGGCAAGACGCAUCUCGCACGCGCCAUCGCGGCCUCCACGCACUCCUCCGUACUCGUCGUCAACGGGCCCGAGCUCUCCUCCGCGUACCACGGCGAAACGGAGUCUAAAUUGCGCGACGUCUUCGCUGAGGCGCGCGCGCGUAGCCCGUGUAUCGUCGUGCUCGACGAGGUCGACGCGCUUUGUCCGCGUCGGGAUGACGGGCCCGGCGGAGAGGUCGAGAAGCGCGUCGUCGCGCAGCUGCUUACCAUCAUGGACGGCAUGGGAGACGGCGCAAAGAGCACGGACGAGCGCGUCGUGGUCGUCGCCACUACCAACCGGCCGAACGCCAUUGAUCCUGCAUUGCGGCGUCCCGGUCGAUUUGACAGGGAGAUCGAAAUAGGCAUACCCGAUGCCGAGGCCCGCUUCUCGAUACUCAAUGUGCUUCUUGCAAAGACGCCCCACUCGAUAUCGCAGACCGAUCUCCGCUCUGUCGCUGCCCGCGCCCACGGGUACGUCGGCGCGGACCUGAGCGCCGUCGUGCGCGAAGCAGGCACUAUCGCCAUCAAGCGCUGGCUCGCAGCCCAACCUCCUUCAUCCGACCCAUCCGUCGUUAGCGCUGCGCCACAGCUAAUCCUAUCGGACCUCCUUACCUCCCUGCCAACAGUACGGCCAUCUGCGCUGCGCUCGCUUUUCCUCGACACGGCGCCCGUGCACUGGUCCGACAUCGGUGGACAGGCGACGACGAUCCAGAAGCUGCGCGAGUGCGUCGAGUGGCCACUUCUCCAUCCUGAGGCGUUCGAGCGACUUGGGGUGCGUGCGCCCAAGGGCGUGCUCCUGUACGGUCCGCCGGGGUGUAGCAAGACGCUGCUUGUACGCGCAUGUGCGACGGAGAGUGGCGUGAACUUCCUGGCUGUGAAGGGGCCCGAGCUGUUGAACAAGUACGUAGGCGAGUCUGAGCGAGCGGUUCGCGAGAUCUUCAGCAAGGCCCGUGCUGCUGCGCCAUCCAUCGUCUUCUUCGACGAGAUUGACGCAUUGGCGACAUCACGCUCAUCCUCGGACAGUUCAGGCGGAGUCCAUGAGGGUGUCUUGACCAGCCUCCUCAACGAGAUGGACGGUGUGCAGGAGCUCGUGGGUGUGACAAUCGUUGCGGCAACCAACAGACCAGAAGCGAUAGAUUCGGCCCUCAUGCGUCCUGGCCGCCUGGACCGCAUCCUCUAUGUCGGUCCGCCUGACCAACAAGGCCGAGAAGACAUUUUGCAUAUCCGCACGCGCAAGAUGAGCAUCGAGCCUGGCAUUGACUUUGCCGAGAUUGCUAAGAUGACUGAAGGCUAUUCUGGCGCUGAGAUGGCCGCGCUGUGCCAGGAAGCGGCGCUGCUGGAGAUGAAGAGAGACAUCAAUGCCCCACAUGUGCUGUACGAUGCGUUUGUGUCGGCCGCUCGUGCGAUGAAGAAGCAAAUUACACCAGAAGUAGUGGCGAGGUACGAAACGUGGAGAGACCAAAACGGCGCGACAGAAGCAUAGGAUGUCUUUGCGGGUGUAAGCAAUGAUCCAGACGCAACAAAUAUGAGUACUUCCACGCCGCCCGCCCGUCUUUCUCCGCGCUGCCGAAAGGGCCCGCAAAUCCGUAUGUAGCAUCCAAGGAAAGAUUCUGGCUGAAGAGGCCGAGUGCAGCAGUGAGAAGCCCAGCAAGGAGGUAGCAGGGUGGUGAUGGACGGAAUCUAUGAAUAAUUAAACAAAGGCUCAAUAUGUGUGACUCGCUGGAUCGAAAAGACCUGCCUUGGCUGCGGCGAUGAGAUCAGCGCGCGCGAGCAUGAAUUAUUGAAAGCUGG